GUUGAGAGUGUAUGGAGGGUGUCUUAACAGUCUGAUGCCUCUGGGACGCAGACUGAAGUGUAUGUAUUGGGGGUUAAUCAAGUAUGUGAUUUUGCUUGGCUGUAUAUGUUCAUUUUGGGGUUUCAUAUGACCCUUGUUUAACUCUUUGGGGUUGUAGUCUGUGGGCACUCAUUCCUUUGAAGGCUUUUCACUCUCUGGACUCUCUGGACCAUCAUAUCAGGAGGCCCCCCUAGCCCAGAGGUGGGUAGCGGUCUGCCCAGACGCUCCCCGUGGAUGUUUACAGCCACAGGGUCUCACAGCCACUAAAGCAAAAGAGGGAUAAAAAAGGAAAUGAACAACUCGACAACAGGCCCAAGUGAGGGCUUGCGGCUCCACUGCAACAUGUCCGGCAGACACGACUUCAUCUUCACCUUCAUCCCUGUCGUCUAUGCUUGCAAUUUCGUCAUUGGAAUGGUGGGCAACAGCAUGGUGGUGGCCGUCAUCUACCGCUACAUGAAGCUGAAGACUGUAGCCAAUGUAUUUGUGCUCAAUCUAGCCGUGUCGGACUUGACCUUCCUUGUCACGCUGCCCAUGUGGGCCACCUUCACCGCUACUGGUUACCACUGGCCCUUUGGAAGCUUUCUGUGCAAAGCUAGUGCCGGCCUGGUCAUUUUCAACCUUUACACUAGUAUAUUCUUCCUCACAGCUCUUAGCAUGGACCGCUACCUGGCCAUUGUGCACCCUGUGCGCUCCAGGAGACGACGGACCCUACUCUAUGCCCGAAUCACUUGCGUCUUGGUCUGGACCUUUGCUUUCUUACUUAGCAUGCCCACAGCACUGAGCCGAGACGUCUACAGGAUCGAGAACCACGUGUCCAUAAUAUGCGGUGUCCUGCACAGCAAUGAGCAGAUCCACUUGCUAGUCUCCCUAAGUAUCCUGAAGAGUGUGUUGGGCUUCCUUGUGCCCUUCCUCAUCAUCAUCACCUGCUACUGCUUGAUGGGCCGCGCCUUGCUUGGUGCUAAGGGCAUACUGAAGAAAAGCUCCCGCUCACGAGAGGAUGAGACGCUACGCAUUCUAGCUGCUGCAGUCCUAGCCUUCUUCAUCUGCUGGGCCCCUCACCAGAUCUUCCACUUCAUGGAGCUGCUGGCAAUGCUGGGAGUGGUGAAGAACUGCAGUGUGCUGGAUGUUAUUGACACCGCCAUGCCCUUCAGCAUCUGCCUCGCCUACUUCAAUAGCUGUGUCAACCCCAUCUUAUAUGGAUUUGUGGGACACAAUUUUCGCAAGAACCUUUUGAGAUUACUGCGCUGUGGGUCAGCUCCAGUUGGGGGUCAUCCCAGUUUCAGCAGUAAAAUUACUCUAUCUCACAGAGCAUCUGGGUUACUGCAUCUCCCCAGUAGUAAAAAGGUUUCAGAGCAUAAUGCUAAGACAUCGGAAGAGCCAAAAACCUAGCAAAAUGAAACCACUGUACAGUCCAAAUCUUUUUUUUUCUCAUUUGCAUUUGGGAAGCAUACAACGAAGACCAUCUUGUGGACCACAGACUUUAGCUCAAUGUGGAAAGGAACAGGAACUCAUUCAUUUCAAAUGGGAGUUGAUGUUCAGCUCCACCUACUGGUCCCCAGUCUUCUGAGGAGCAUGCUGGGCUUCCUUGCACAAUGGUCAUUACCUGCUACCACCUGAUGCGAUACACAUUUGUGCCAGAGAGUUGUUGACCACCAUGGUGGUAUUCUUCUGGGCUCCUCACCAGGUGGAGCUGCAGGCAAUGCUGGGUAUGGUGGUGAGCUGUCAUUUGCUGGACAUUAUCAAUAUUGCUCUCAAACAGCUGCUUACUGUAAUAGUGACACAAAACCCAUCAUCUAUAGCAAUGGUCACUAACCCUGCUCCUAGAGAUCUACCAGGUGGGGCCUGAUCCUUCUAACCAUUGCCUUCAGAAUUCCUUUAUUAGCUGAAUUAGACAUGUUGGGUUGGAAGUAAAACCUGCAAGAAGGUAUAUGUCCAGGAGAAAAGUUGGUGACCACUGCUUUAUGAGACACUUUUGGAAGAACCUACUGAGGCUACUGCACUGUGGGUCAACUCCAGAUAGGAGUCAUCCCAGUAUUAGCACUGAAUAGAUGACUAUUAAAAUGACUGUUUUACCCUUCAACACUUUGAAGUUACUGCAUUUGUCCAGUAGCAAAACCAUCUCAGAGCAUGAAUAAACUGAAAGGCCUUGUAGAAUUAAAUCUCUACAGCUGUUUGUCCAAACGUAUCCAGACACCAAUUCAAUUUAGUUCAUUCAGAUCUAUUAAAGUGCUUCUAUUGCUGAUGCAGGUGUUCAAUUGUGGAUAUACAGCCAGAAUAAUCUCCAUAGCAAAGCACUGACCAAUAGAAUGAGAUGCUCUGGAGCGCACACACAUGAGCGUAAGGUCAUGCCUAAUGAAAACCUUGGACUAAAGGGGUGUAAAGCCCACAGUAUUGGCCUGUGGAACACUGUAACUGCAUUCCCUGGAGUGAUAACGCACUAUUGCACAUUGGUGAUCCAAAACUGAACAUCAGUACCUGAUCUCACUAAUGCUCUUGUGGCUGAAUGCAAUCAAAACCUCACAGCAAUGUUCCAACAUCUAGUGUAAAGACUUCCCAGAACAGUAGAGGCUGUUACUGCACCAAAGGAGGACAAAUUCCUUAUUAGCUCAUUUAGCUCACUAAACAAAAUGUAGUCCAAUUUUGCAAAAAACAGGAACUCGCUGAUUUCAAUUGGGGGCUAGAAACAGUCUGACACAAUGCAGCUUGCAACUGCUUCAGAAUUGCUUCAGGUUUAAGUAGAACACGUUCUAUUUUUGAUGCAAGGUCAUGCAGCUAUAGCCCAAUAUCAGUCUUACUGUAUCAGAACGUUAUCAGCAUUAUUACGUAUCAAACUUGCUUGGCUAGCUUGUUUACUAAAGACUUUUUUGCAAGCCAGGGUGAAAAGAAAUGGUGUUUGUUAGAAUUAUCCAAAAACAUAUAUCACAGAAUUUGAUAGUGGUGGACAAAUACCUCAAAUCAUGUACUUGAGUUAAAGUAGAGAUACCCAAGGUAAAAUAUUACUCCAGUAAAAGUAGAAGUUCCUCCCUUUAGACCUCCACUUGAGUAAAAGUACAAAAGUAUUUGCCUUCAAAUGUAUUUAAGUAUCGAAAGUAAAAAUACUAAAAGAUUAAUUAACUUAAUGCAACUCAGUUACAAGUUUAAGCAUCUGGUCUCUGUUCAUGAACAUGAACUAGCCAAAACAAAUUUACUGUAAAAUGAAAGUGUUUGUAUGAAUUCUGAAAAAAGCCGCGUCAGUCUCGACUGCAUAUGUGGACAUAUUUCUAUA